UUCGUGAUCGUGAUAGAGUCUAUUCAACACAAGACGAAGUUCGACGUUCAGUUAAAUUUAUAGGUUAAAGUGUUAAGAUUAAAGAAAUGGGAUCUAAUAAGCGGCACAAGACUGAAAAAACUCGUGAAACUAAGAAAAAACGUCAUCGCAGCCGUUCUAGAUCGCACUCUAUAGAACGUGAAAAAGUCGACAAACAUAGGCAUCACAAAAAACAUAAAAGAAGAGAACGCAAGGAUCACGACAGCGAUGUUGAAAUUGUCAGCGCUCCACCACCUCCAAAAAUAUCGAGAAUACCACAUGCACUGACGCCACCACCUCCUCCAGAAAUAUCUCGUCAAAGGAGUGCAUCUCCAACCAAAGGAGGAGCAGCGCAGACAUCAUUGUCAGUUGAGGAAACAAAUAAGUUACGAGCAAAGCUUGGUCUAAAACCUUUGGAGACCAGUACUACCUCUGUAGAUGAUCCUAACAAAAUCAAAGAUGAUUUAGGAGAAUUUUAUCACAAGCCAGCACCAAAUACUAACGAUAAAGUAAAAACGCAAAAGAUCAAAGAUAGACUGAACACGCAGAAGGAAAAACGACAGAUUGAAUCCAAUCUUUCAAAACUCAAAACUUUGGGCGAAAGCGAUUCAGAUGAUGACGCCAAGGCUUGGGUGCAAAAAAACCGUCUCCUUCAGUUGGAGAAAAAGAAGGCUGAUGCAAGGGCAAAAAUGUUGGAUCAGUUGGACGAAGAGUUCGGUAUAGGUACUCUUGUUGAGGAAGAGGUUCAAAGUGAACGUCGUUCAGCCUACUCGAACAAAGAUUUACGAGGGCUCAAAGUCGAACAUGACAUGGAUACUUUUGAGGAGGGCAAGACCCUUGUACUGACACUCAAAGAUCAGGCAGUUUUAGAUGAGCAUGAAGAUGUACUAGUAAACGUAAAUAUGCUGGACGAAGAGCGUUAUUCGCGCAGUAAUUUGAAUAAAACUAAAAAACCUGGGUACGAUGCGUAUGAUGAAGACAAUUUUGAUGAGUUUGGAUUCCCAGUGAAAACGGUUCUAGACAAAUAUGAUGAAGAGAUAGAUGGACAGAAAAAGGAAAGUUUUGCCAUUGGUUAUGAUAAUGCUAAAGAACGAAAACAACGACAAACUGAAAUUGUAAAACACCGCCUAGCGAACAAAAAAUUGGAAACACUAAGGAUGCCAGAGCUACAGUUAGCUAGUGAAUAUUACACUGAUGCAGAGUUGGCAAAGUUUAAGAAACCCAAGAAAAAAAUCCGAAAAAUCAGACAGAAAAAGAUGUUGAAGGCAGACGAUCUUGUUCCUGAUACAACUGAUUAUCUCAGAGAUUUAGGAAGUCGAAGGAAUUCAAGACAUAAAGAAAAAAAGGAUCAUGAGGAUCCUGAAAAUCUUGUUAUGGAUGUCGAUGAUACAGAAAAUACAAGUGAAGACUUGUCGGGUGUUAAAAUUGAAGAUGAUGACAGAGAACUCGAAUGGCAGUUGGCAUUGAAAAAAGCACAACGUGUGAAACUAGCACGUCAAACUGGGGUAGAAAAAGUUGCUCAAACAAUAAAACAAGAAAUUGACAAUUCAAAUGACAAUCAAGUUGGUAAUAUUGUACUCAAUGCGACUGCUGAAUUUUGUAGAACAUUAGGAGACAUUCCAACUUACGGGCUUGCUGGAAACAGGGAAGAAAAUGUUCAAGAACUCAUGGACUUUGAGGCUGAGGGGAUCAAAGAUGAAACGGUAGAUGAUGGAGAAGAUGCUGAUGGCCGUGGAGCUUGGAAUACAGUAAAAAUAGAUGAAGCUGCAGCUGAGCCAAUAACACUGGAGGCUGCAAUUUUGGAUGCAGAACCAUCGCUUGGACAGGGUGUAGGCGGUGCUCUAAGACUUGCAAUGAGUAAAGGUUAUUUACAAAAAGAGGAUACUAACAGACCUUCUGCAUCCCGUUUUGCUCAUUUACAGGCACAAAAUUAUUCUAUUGAAGAUAAAACUUAUGGGGAUGAUGACAAGUUUGGCAGAAGAGAUAGGUUUAAUGGACCAACUUCCGAAUUCAAAGAACGAGACGGAUUUAAGCCCAAUGUCAAGUUGGAAUAUAUCGACGAUGAUGGACACGUUUUGAGUGCCAAGGAAGCAUUCCGAUAUCUUUCUCAUAAAUUUCAUGGUAAAGGUCCUGGGAAGAACAAGGUGGAAAAGAGAAUGAAGAAAUCUGAGCAAGAAGUAUUGAUGAAGCGGAUGUCUUCUACUGAUACUCCACUAGGUACACUUAAUCUAUUGCAAGCUAAGCAAAAAGAAACACAAUCUCCAUACAUUGUGCUGAGUGGCAGCAAGCAGUUGCAAACGACGAGCAUAUCAAAGACGAAGCAUUAAAAUUAUCAAUUAAAAGAUGGAAAAUCAAGAUGUACAUUAUUAUACAUAAUGUAAUAUUAAAUCUCUGAUAAGGUUUGCGUAAGGGUGAGUGUUCUAAAGCUCAGUUCUCAGGUAUCUUAAGAAUAUUACAUAAAUCAGCAGAUCCUAUUAAAAAAAUUUUGAUCAUCUUUAUAAUACAAAACCCGUUUUUAUCCUUGUAUUAUUUACAAUUUCAUAUGUUUAAAUGUGUGUAUAAUUCCAUUGUUUAGACGCUUACAAUUACCUUUAACACCGUAAUGAGGUGUCACAAUAUCAUGAUACAAUUAUUAAAGUUCAUAAAUUAAUUUCGGUAGAUAAUGAGUUCUCUACCGAAACUAGGAGAAUUUGUUGUUUGCAUUACAGUGUCAAAUCAAUUAUUCAAUUGAAACCGUAAUAAUUUAUUCUUAGGAAAUAUGAAAUUUGAAAAGUAUGAACUGGAAUCUUCUAAAUAAUGAAAACUGAUUCACUAUAGCAAUACAAAUAUUCGAAGCAUAAACUGAUGAUGAGGAAAUUUUGAGAGAAAAUGUACGAAGAAGUAAACUAAAACGAAUAGUAAAAGUGUAAAAAAAAGAAUAAUAAAAUUAGUGACCCAAAAUUUAGGAUGUUCAUUUACUUUCGGUCGCAAAAUUUAUACUUCAACUCUAUGUCCAAAAAUUCCGCCUCGUGGAAAAAGUGACAUCUUCCGAAAGUCGUAUAUUCUGUUUGCUACACAUAUAUCAGAAAUGCUUGAAUUUUAAGUAUACAUAUAUUAAUAAAUGUCAUUCAAAACAAUUUAGGUGCAAGGAAUUUUAGUUAUUACUUUGCAGAUUACAAGCAUCAAUAGACCUGAUCACCUUCAUUUUAUUUCACUUUGCAUGCAUGUAUAUGUAAAACUCGAAUGAAACCUUUUUCAAUAAUAAAUGAACGACUUACCUGAAUACAUAGUUGAUUUUACACAUGCCGACGUUGAAAUUUAUCGUUAACUUGGACUUUCAUCCCACUUUGUAUGUCAUUACCAGACUCUCGAAUUAUGUUAUUAAGAAAAUUAUGCAUUGAAUCACAGUGAAGAAUACGUUUUGAUUAAUGUUCACAUUUAUUAAAACUAUAACAAAUACUUAUAAAGGUUUCUUACUAGCUAAACUGCAUUGUAUGAUUGAUUGUAGCCUUCUACAUAAAAUCGUUACCCUAGUUGUUAUCACUAUUUACACGAGAUAUGUUUGCAAAAACUUCGGAGUAUAAAAAAGUCGGAUUUUUCGGGAUGGGAAAUAUCUGAAUGUUAUUUUUGCAUAUGUAAAACCGUCACAUAUAUCUAAUGUAGAUAGUGAUUAGCAAUGGAUCUACAAAAUUUAUACUAAUGAAUAACAAUUAUGAAGCAUACGUUCAUUAAUGUUAGCAUUAAAGCUUUAUUUGUGCAUCUCGAUCGAUUAUACGCAUUUGUGAUUCAAAAGCUAUUCAAAACGGAUGUCUGCAGUUACAGACACGUUCAUUUUGCCUAAAAAUGUAAAAGAUUAUACAAACUGGUCUAGGGAUUUGGUAGAAGCGGUUUUUAUAAUUUGGUUUGAAAAAAAAAGCUAAAAGUAACAUUGGGUUUCUUAUGUUUCAAAGUCCGUUUGUGUGUAUACACUGGCAUUGUUCAUUAGUUGGUUGAUUAUUAGCUAUAAAAAACAUCAUUGGCACUCAAAAUUUACAGAGCACAGUUCAGAUGUUGAGUUGUAAUAAGAUUGUGCAGUAUAGAAUUCCACUUCACAGUCUGUUUUAUUGUCGUGUCGGUCAUAAAUCUUCCUUAUCCUCUCAUAGUGGCACAUAUUGUA